CAGAGAGCAGUGUCAGUCGUAUCACUUCCUCCUUGGUUGUGGCAAGUUCAGAAAGGACAGGGGAGGGGGAGAGGGAGAGGGAGGUAUCCUCACGUAGUUGUCUCCGUCUUGCUUUUCUACAGAAAAUAGUUAACUCGGCUGAAACUGAAACAGCGCUAAAGAAAAGCCCCACCAGGCUGUCUUUCUCCUUCGUUCUCUCAGUUUCCUGCUCAAGGAAGCUAUUUUGUACAGUUUGUCGUGUAGGACAACAAACUUUUGGUUGUUUUAUUUUGUCCUUCCUCAGUGUUUCCUGUGAAAAAUUUGGACUUUCUCAUCUGCAGAGCGACUUCUUCACCGGAGGAGGGGUGGAGGAGAGGUAGGAGGGGAGAAGUUUUUCUCAGUCUGUCGCUCACUCUUGCCUUGCCGGGACAAUGAAAGAACAAGUGUGAGUGCAGGUCACAAAAAUCAAGAGGGAGAGAAAAAGGAAGGAGCAGUGCUUCCUGGAUAGGGAUCUCCUCUUGACUCCUCUGGGAGAGGGGGUGGACACAGGACAGAGACUCUAGCAGUGUGUUUGUGUGUGGAUCAGCGUGUCCACAUCCUCACGGUCCUGCUCUCUGAGGGAGGUAGAGCGUGAGUGUGUGUGUAUAGUGAGAGAUGGCCAAUGCCAGCCCCUGCAUGUCGUCGGGACCCCUGUCCCAGGUCUUCUUCCACCCAGGGGGCCCCUCUCUCCCAGGCUCUGUUGUGAUGCAGCAGGGGACCCCCAUGGCUGUGCCCCCCACCUCUACUCAGGGUGGCUUCCCCCCUGUGGACCUGGGGGCCGGGCAGGGCCCUGGGGGGGUUGCCAUAUCCCACGUGCCCCCCAUCCCGGCAGGGGUCUCCUUCAUCCUCCAGAUUGGGCUGACCAGAGAGUCAGUGCUGCUGCCACAGACCGCUGACCUAGCCUACGUCAAACAGAUCGCCUGCUCCAUCGUAGACAUCAAGUUCCCAGAGUGUGGCUUCUAUGGCAUCUAUGACAAGAUCCUGCUAUUUAAGCAUGACACAGGCACCAACAACAUCCUGCAGCUGGUCAAGGCUCCCCAGGACAUCCAGGAGGGAGACCUGGUGGAGGUGGUGCUCUCUGCUGCGGCCACCUUCGAGGACUUCCAGAUUCGGCCUCAUGCCCUGAAUGUCCACUCGUACCGUGCCCCGGCCUUCUGCGACCACUGUGGAGAGAUGCUGUUUGGACUGGUCAGGCAGGGCCUCAAAUGUGAUGGCUGUGGAUUGAACUACCACAAGCGCUGUGCCUUCAGCAUCCCCAACAACUGCAGCGGCGCUCGCAAGCGGCGCCUGUCCACCACGUCUCUGAACAGUAGCCAGUCGCUGCGUCUGUCCACCAGCGAGUCUCUGAGCAGCGUGGGCUCCAGCUCAGUCAGCUCCUGCAUGGAGGAUGCCAGCCUGAUCCGCUCUCACACCACCCAGACGCUCCCGAACUCCACCUGUACCGCGUCAGCAUCCCUGGGCCUGUCCACCAGCCCCUCCAUCACUAGACCCAUGGCCCGCGCCAACACUCCGAUGCCUCGGACCCCCAGCGAGGCGCGGCGGUUCUACACGGGCCGGCCGGUGCACCUGGACAAGAUCCUGAUGAGCAAAGUGAAGGUGCCGCACACGUUCGCCGUGCACUCCUACACGCGCCCCACCGUGUGCCAGUACUGCAAGAGGCUGCUCCGGGGCCUCUUCCGACAAGGGCUACAAUGCAAAGACUGCAAGUUCAACUGCCACAAGCGCUGUGCGUACAAGGUUCCCAACGACUGUCUGGGGGAGACCAUAGGAGACAUGUUGAGUCCCAGUGUGGACCACGAGGUGCCUAUGGACUACAGCAGUGAGUAUGCCGACUCAGACAAGUCUUCUCUGACGGACGAUUCAGACGAGGCCUGCAGCAUCCCUGGCUCUUUCUCCCCCGAGAGUAGCCAGGAUGGGGUCGGCGGGGACCAGAGCGCUAACAUCCCGUUGAUGAGGGUGGUUCAGUCCAUGAGGCAGACCACCCGUCGCUCCAGCACAUCCAUCAAAGAGGGCUGGAUGGUGCACUACAGCAACAAGGACACACUGAGAAAGCGGCACUACUGGCGUCUGGACUGCAAGUGCAUCAUCUUGUUCCAGAACAACACCACCAACAAGUACUAUAAGGAGAUCCCUCUGUCUGAGAUUCUGGAGGUGCGCCCCUCAGGGGACUUCACCCUGGUUCCUCCGGGCACCAGCCCCCACUGCUUCGAGCUCGUCAUGGGAGCCAUGCGCUACUUUGUAGGGGAGGACCCCAACGUCCACGUCCCCGCCCUGCCCCCCACCGCCGCCCAGGCCUUCCCCCCCACGCCCCCCUCCCCCAGCAACGUGGUUCCCAAUAGCGGCGUGGGGCGAGAGGUGGCAAAGGCGUGGGAGUGCGCCAUUCGCCAGGCCCUCAUGCCAGUCAUCUUCCAGGAUGCACCACCGAUAGAGGGACACACUCCUCACAGACAGGCUUCAGUCAGCAUCUCAGUGUCCAACAGUGUGAUCCAGGAGAACGUGGACAUUGGCAUGGUGUACCAGAUAUUUGCAGAUGAAAUCCUUGGUUCUGGCCAGUUUGGAGUGGUGUAUGGGGGGAAGCACAGGAAGUCGGGGCGUGAUGUGGCGGUGAAGGUGAUUGACAAGCUGCGCUUCCCCACCAAGCAGGAGAGCCAGCUGAGGAACGAGGUGGCCAUACUGCAGAGUCUACGUCACCUGGGCAUAGUGAACCUGGAGUGUAUGUUUGAGACUCCAGAGAAGGUGUUUGUGGUGAUGGAGAAGCUCCAUGGAGACAUGUUGGAGAUGAUCCUGUCCAGUGAGAAAGGACGGCUCCCAGAGAGGCUCACCAAGUUCCUCAUCACACAGAUUCUGGCAGCCCUGAGGCACCUGCACUUUAAGAACAUCGUCCACUGUGAUCUGAAACCUGAGAAUGUCCUGCUGGCCUCUGCCGAGCCCUUCCCCCAGGUGAAGCUGUGUGACUUUGGCUUUGCCCGUAUCAUUGGUGAGAAGUCGUUCAGGCGUUCGGUGGUGGGCACCCCGGCCUACUUGGCCCCAGAGGUGCUCCUCAACCAGGGCUACAACCGCUCCCUGGACAUGUGGUCUGUAGGAGUCAUCAUGUACGUCAGCCUCAGUGGCACCUUCCCCUUCAACGAGGACGAGGACAUCAACGACCAGAUCCACAACGCUGCCUUCAUGUACCCACCCAACCCCUGGAAACAGAUCUCACCUGAUGCCACUGACCUGAUCAACAACCUGCUCCAGGUGAAGAUGAGGAAACGCUACAGCGUGGACAAGUCUCUCAGUCACUCCUAUCUACAGGACUACCAGACGUGGUUGGAUCUGAGGCAGCUGGAGACAAAGCUGGGCGAGCGCUACAUCACCCACGAGAGCGACGACUGUCGCUGGCAGAUGUUUGCCCGCGAACACACGCUCCCCUACCCGGCCCACCUGGUGCCCCCUCUGCCUGCGCUCGGCUCCGACGAUGAGGACGCAGACAUGCAAGGGCUCACCGAGAGGGUCAGCAUACUCUGAGAACCUGGAGAGCCAGGACCCACGCGGACCCAAGGGACUCGGACUGACCCAGGAAAGAGGAGGGAAGCGAGUAGAGAGGGAGAGAGCGCGAGAGAGGGGCUGGCUGGAUGGAGGGAGGUCUGGAGAGAGGGGAGGGGGAGGCUGGGAGGUUUAGCUGUUAGAAAAUCGCCUUCUAUUGAGAUGAUGCCCUCCUAACCGUCUACUAAUGGUGUCCCACUCCGGCCCUAGCCUGUCCAGUCUCCAGACCCCAUCCUUGACCCCUCUCUCAUCGGUCUAGCUUAGCUCUUCCACCCUUGAACUCUUUGAGUGUAAGAUAUUUGCUCUUCUGUAUCCCACAAGGCCAUGCUGUCCUGUACCCAGUGGUCAGGAGAUGUGUAGAAUAUUGUUGCUUGCAGUGUGCUCAUUCAGUCUAAGCUGCAGUAUGGCAGAGGUCAGUUUGGGUGAAACACUCAAAAUGCAAUCUAAGCUCCUGGCAGAGGCACAACUUGCAUCUUUCUAUCUCCGAAGCCUGGGGAAGCACAGGGAUCCCCUGCGUAUUGUGACGAGAGACAGGGAUAGAGACAGACAAAAAAAACUUGAAGGACUCGGAUCAAUCCACUUACGCGGGACUUACAUCCACCCAUAAACAAAUCCUUAUGAACUGUUUUAUUAUCAUUGAACGCGAUGACUGGAAGCGCCCUGCCUGUACUGUCAGAACGGUUUGCUGCAGACCUCGAAGAGUUUAAUGGGGACAAAGGAGUCAUUUAGUGCCUGUAAGUGGUAGAUAAAGGGCUUCUAACAGUAGGCAGCAGACCAGCGCUCGUGGGCUGUCAUGGUCUCCGAGGAAAUCUGCCGUUUCAAACGACGACAGAAGAAAACAAAGCCGGAAGUGGAUGUAGCAAUCAAGGAUUGCACCUUUUUUUUUUUUUUACUGUCCACUGAUACUUUCCUAUUUGGCCCAGCGUCAUUAUCGAUGACGACUUUUAUUAGUGAAGACUCGCUUAUCAUCGGAAGUGCAAAUUCACGAGUCCUGGUGAUUCGAGGGUGUCCUAGACCCGUAGACAUGCACGGUUACAAUGAAAGGGGGGGGGGGGGAUGCUAUUGCUCUUCUAGUUACUGUAGAAAGACGACCGACUGCCCAUCUCUGGCGUCAACGUUAAAGUGUGGGAGGAGGGCUCCGAUAUCGAUGGCUGACUAUGAACCUAGCAUGUCAACUCGUUGGAUGUCCACGUGAGGUCGAUUUUUGUCUAGAGGAAAAGCAUUGUCAUGAAUGAAUAUUGUGUUCAUGUGUAACCAUAUCUUUAUGUAGUGUAGUCAACGUAUGCCCGGUGGAGAAUGUAAACCCAUGGAAGGUCCCAGCAUUUAUAUGUGACACCGAUACAAACCUUGACGUACAAUUGUUCAUCUGUGUCAUUUUAUCCGGCGUGUUGCCUCUUGAACAUUGAGACGGAAGAUUAGGGGGGGAAAUGUGGAAGGCUGGGGGCGACGCAUAGGAGGAAAUAAUGACGGUGAUUAUGCAUACCGCUCUUCAGACGUUACCUGCUCAGAAUUUCCAUCACACUGGAGCAUAUACACUAUGUGGAUUGAAUGACAAAUUGAGAGCGAUAAAUAUGUAGCGAGCGUCCAAUAAAUAAUCAGCGUGUAUGGAUGACGUUUUCCUCGCACGAUGCAUGCUCCCCUUUUUGAUUGACAGGCCAAAUGUCUGCCUAUUUAAUACAUCAUCAUGGGUGGCCUGCUGCCAAGGCCUUUUCACAGCCUUUCAAUCAGCUCUCCUAGUGUAAAUGACAUGCUACACAUGGACAGAUGGGAGAGAACUGGGGCUUCAGAUGGACGGGGGGGGACAAACUCAUUCCACGGAGGGCCGAGUGUCUGCGGAUUUUUGUUAUUUUCUUUCAAUUUGUGUCCAAUUAAGACCUAAACAACCAGAUAAGGCGAGUUCCCAGCUAAUCAGGGACCUUAGUUGUUCCAUAGUGGACAACGGCGGGGAGAGAAAACCGCGGAGACUCAUCCCUCCAUGAAAUGAGUUUGACACCUGUGCCACUUGUCAGGACACAAAGCCAGCGUUUUGCAUUAUUCUACACAAGCAUAUUAUGAGAGCCUUGUGGCCAGCUCUGAAAGAAAGGACCACUUGUUAAUUACAAUUUUUCAUAUGUAAUUUAGCAGGCACUUUUAUCCAAAGUGACUUAGUCGCGCAUGCAUACAUUCUCGUAUAGGUGGCCCCAGGGGGAAUUGAACCCACAGCUCUUGAAAUUGCAAUGCUCUACCAACUGAGCCACAGGACCAUGCUGAAUGGUGAGAGCUCUUCACUAGACUGCUGGGUCUGCCAGAGGGACAAUUGUUACUCUUACUGUCUUGGAAAGGUCAAGAGGGGAGCAUGGUUGGAGGAUAAGUGGCCGUCUCACCCAGCAGGUAAAAAAAAUACAUCAUACUCUGAAACUAUUGGUGGCAGCAACAAACCCAUCAAACCUGGGUUCAAAUACAUGUGUAUUUGUUAUUUAAAUACUUAUUUUCUGUGUCUUUUGAGUAUUUUCAAAUAAUGUGGCCCAAAUCAACUACUUCUAUUGGAAGUAUUUGAAGUAUAUUUUGAAAAUGUUCUAUAAAUAGCCUACUAUUUCAAAGUACUUAUUUCAAAUGCUAUCUUUAGAAACCAGGGUUAAAUGCAUGGGAUAUAUUUGAGUGAGUGUAUUUAAGUAUUUUCAAAUACUUUUCAAGGGUUUUUCCAGAUACAUUCCAAUAUUCAACUAGCUGUCUUUUCAAUAAUAAAAAAAUAUUUAAAUAUA